CCGUGGGCAGGACUUCCGCCGGAAGCCGGAGUUGUCCGCGAAAUCUCAGAUCCGAGUUCCGGGCGGUAGUUCCCCCGGAGGUCCUGGGUGGGCACUCUGCGGGCUUGGGUGAAGAUGGCUUGUGCCGCCGCUCGGUCCCCGGCCGACCAGGACAGGUUCAUUUGUAUCUAUCCUGCUUAUUUAAAUAACAAGAAGACCAUCGCGGAGGGGAGGCGAAUCCCCAUAAGUAAGGCUGUUGAAAAUCCUACAGCUACUGAGAUUCAAGAUGUGUGCUCAGCAGUUGGACUUAAUGUAUUCCUUGAGAAAAAUAAAAUGUACUCUAGAGAGUGGAAUCGUGAUGUUCAGUACAGGGGCAGAGUCCGGGUCCAGCUCAAACAGGAAGACGGCAGCCUCUGUCUCGUACAGUUCCCAUCACAAAGAGAGCGCGAGCACAAGCAGGGGGAAUGGCAGGCAGAGGGAGAAGCAGGCUUCCCGCUGAGCAGGGAGCCCAGUGCGGGGCUCGAUCCCAGGAUCCUGAGAUCAUGACCUGAGCCAAAGGCAGACACUCAACCAACAGCCACCCAGUGUCCGCUAAAUUAAAAUACAUUGGUUUUUCCUUUUUUUUAAGAUUUUAUUUAUUCAUUAUGUCAGAGCAAGAGAGCGCAAGCAGGGGGAACAGCAGGCAGAGGGAGAAGCAGGCUCCCCGCUGAGCAAGGAGCCUGGUGUGGGACUCGAUCCCAGGACCCUGGAAUCAUGACCUGAACCGAAGGCAGACACUUAACUGACUGAACCAUCCAGGCAUCCCUAGAUUGGUUUUUCUAUGCUAAAACCUGUCCAGAUUGGUAGAUAUUUCUAGAAACAAGAUUUUGACUCUGGAGUAACAGGUAGUAUGUUACGGUGUAUUUCUUCUUCUCUUGGACAUCUUCCUUUACUAUUUCUUAAAAGUCAAAAGACAGGGAAGCCUGGAUGGCUCAGUUGGUUAAGCAUCUUCCUUUAGCUCAGGUCAUGAUCCUAGGAUCCUGGGAUCGAGCCCUGUCUCCGGUUUCCUGGUUAGGGGGGAGUCUGCUUCUCUCUCUCCCUCUACCCCCUCCCCCACUUGUGCUUGCUCUCGCUCUCUCUCUCAAAUAAAUAAAUAAAAUCUCAAAAAAAAAAAGUCAAAAGACAAAUCAAGAGACAAAAAACUUUUAACUUGACCAGUAAAUAAACUGUAAGUAAAAAUUACAGUUGAAAAAUGUUGCUCCCAGUUUCCAAUAAGAAAAAAGUAAGAAAGUAAAAAGGGAAAAACUAAGGGGCUCUGUGUGUUGAAAGUAGCUACUAGAUCUGGAGGAGGUAGUUAGUGCACAGAGCAGGGUACCUGUACACAUUAAAUCAUCUGGGCAUGUGAGUAAUAUCUUUUGUAGCUUGAUAACAUUGGUUUUUUGUUAUAAGAUGGAGCGGCCCUGUGUUUCUUUAGCUUAAGAUAUAAUGAUAUCCUGACUCUGUUUCCAGAUUGUUGUAUUUAGACUAGAUACUCUCCUUUGAUCUUGAAGUCAAUUAUAGAACCAGGACCAAAAUUUGUGUUUCAAAUAAAGUGUUUUAAGUUUUGAUUUUGUUCAAUUAAAUAUUUCAGUAUUAUUCUUAGCACAUUUUCUCCAGGAAAGCUCCCACUUGAGUAAGUCAUGUCUUUGUAGUGUUUUUUUGUUUUGUUUUGUUUUGUUUAAAUCCUUGUCAUUUUCCUGAUGUGAUUUUCAAGUUAAUGAGCUUGUUUGUCUUAUUCCUUAGAUUGUACACUAAGCCUAACUUCUUGU